AUGCAGGAUGAUACCGUAAACGAAGAUACUCCUCUUGUGGCAGAAGAUGGCACGUUUACAUACAAUCGAAGCGUGUCAACUUAUUUGGAUGAAGCGAUUGGUUCUGAACGUCAACAUGAGAUUGAAAAAGUUUGGCCUGCAGCUCAUUUGAUCCGCGAUGCCAUUCUGGGAGAGAUCGAUGAACCUUAUGACGGUUGGUAUGAUCCACAUUCCAAUCCUGCUAACAAGAUGAAAAACAAAUGCAGCCUCAUAUGCAUUCGAGCAGAAAGUCGCAUCAACGGUCUGAUUGCUGUGACCAUGUGGACCUUGAUCCUCAUCUCAUUUUUCGAGCCUCCUCAUUGGUGCCGUGUCUUAGGUCUUGACACAGACCAUCGCUAUGGAAGCUGCGGUGCCGUUCUAGAAGCUACUGAUCCUUCCGAUGAGAGCAUCUCCUACUACCCAAAUUUUGGUCUCAUGAUGUUGACUGAGCAUCAAGCGCAUACGCUUCAGCUCAUUUGCGUUUUGAUUCUUGUGUCUCGGAUUUUGAUCCGUAUUGGCAGAAAUGGAUUCGAGAUGUGGCGGUUCUUUCAUCCUGAAAUCCGUUAUGCGAAUUCACUGCGUCUAUUGAGUUUGAUCUUGUUAUGCUUCAAGGGGACCGUGAUGUUUCAUCCGUUUCUCAGACUGUUAUUACUAGGUUCAUAUCUCAAGGAUUGUCAAAAGGAAAUCGUUUCACUUGUGAAGCUGAUCCCUGAUGUGGUCUCCAUUAUGGUCAUUGUUGGUGCUAUCACUGCUUUUUACUCAGUGGUGGGUGUCCUGCUUUUCGAUGUUUCUGAACAAGGACAACGAGAUUUCCCCAACUGGAUCGAAGGCGUUUGGACAUUGUGGAUCUGUGUAACCACUGCUAAUUAUCCAGAUGUGAUGAUGCCCUCCUACAAUAAAUCUCGUUUCUCUGGUAUCUACUUUGUUUCGUUCAUGGUAAUUGUAUUCUUUCUGCUCAUGAAUAUGGUUCUCGGUUCCGUCGUUGAACACUACGACUUGGUGAUGGAGAAUAGAAAAAAGAAAAUGGAUCAAAUGUUGCACCAGGAUCUCGCUAGAGCAUUUGAGCUGAUGGAUCCAAAUGGUACUGGAGUGGUCACCCAGGAUACGAUACUUGCCUUGUUUGUAAUUUUGAAUGCAGACUUCCUAGAUAUCAGAAGACUUUCUGACGAAGAGACAGUAAAGCUAUUCAAUUCGUUGGACGUUGAUCAUUCCAAUGAAAUCAACGCGGAAGAGUUUCAAGAGUUUGGAAAAGCAUUUGCUGCUCUUGCUGCAGAGCCAGAUUACACGACGAUGGUUCAGAAACGGUUCCCAGAAAUUUAUGCAUCUGAUGAAUGGCAGAAAGUUUCAGCUUUUGUGAGAAGUCGAAAAUUCGAGAUGAUAAUUGAAUGCCUCUUAGUCCUCAAUGCAGUUGUCGUUGUUAUCCAAAGCUACCCAGAACUAGCUGGAGAGUACAUUGCUAACGACACAGCAGGAUACAAUGGGGAGUUCAACAUUUGGGAGUACUUUGAAUCUGUAUUCACUGUGGCUUAUACAGUCGAAGCUACUAUCAAGAUCCUUGUUGACGGGUGGACAAAAUACAGCGAAUCUCCUCGAAACGUUUUUGAUUUCACCAUUACAGUUUCUGUGCUUGCCGCCAGUAUCUACGUUUACUAUCCAAAUGAUUACGAUGACAAUCGAUUGAUCACAUUUGUUGUCUUGCUGCGAGUUCUUCGUCUAGGAAGACUCCUCAUGGCAUUCCCCGCUUUCCAAGACAUCACCGCUGUCGCACUCGAAAUUAUUCCAAAGUCGAAGAGCGUGCUUCAGCUCUUGUUCUUUGUCACCUAUUUCUUCUCCGCGCUUGCUGUGAUUCUUUAUGGAGGUCUCAUUACUCGAGAUCCGGAAAACCGUCUUUCCGAGCUUCUACUUGAUACUGAUUUUGCCAGUAAUGAAUAUUGGGGCAAUAACUUCAACGACAUGAUGAGUGCAAUGAACGUCAUGUUCAAUCUCAUUGUAGUUAAUAACUGGACUACUUGUGAAGGAGGAUAUGAAGCGGUUACAGAGGGGAAGAUGGUUCGCCUCUUCUUCUUCAGUUUCCAUAUUGUGGGUGUUGUCCUUACCAACAAUAUUGUGAUGGCAUUCGUCAUCAACUCGUUCCUUUCUCAUCUUCGCGCAAAGAAGACAGGCCCAGAGUCGAACCAAGACGAAUCUUUGAAGCAGUGA